CGCCCAUCUUCGAGACUGGAGGAGGGGGGAGGGGUUUAUCUCUCUUUGUUAAUUUUAGCGGAACAGUAGAUUUGAGUGAGACGCGUCAUCGCCGGUAUCUUCUCAGUGCUGCCUCAUGGUGUGAAACUCAACUCAACUCAACCCCAGGAAGUAAGUUUGGGAUAGCAAGCAGCGAAGACUGAGCAGAAGGCAAUCCUCUCUUUUGAUUUCGAAAGCUAAGAUUAGAAACGCUUUCUUGAUGCUUGGUGACAGUUUGAUGCCCCUUGACACUGAGGUGCAGAGAACAAUGGAUCAAACUGAUUACAGUUCCGAUGGAGGGCUACACGUUACACUAACGCUCCGACUGCUUAUGCAUGGCAAGGAGGUUGGCAGCAUUAUUGGAAAGAAAGGUGACACGAUAAAGAGAAUGAGAGAAGAGAGCAGUGCCCGUAUCAAUGUGUCUGAAGGCUCAUGUCCUGAACGCAUCAUCACAAUCACUGGUUCAAUGGAGGCUGUCUUCAAAGCGUUCACAAUGAUCACAGGCAAGCUUGAAGAGGAUCUCAGUACAUCCAGCAUGAGUGAUGUUACAAGGAGCAAGCCCCCUGUAACACUACGCCUGGUGAUUCCAGCAAGUCAGUGUGGCUCACUGAUAGGAAAAGGAGGGUCUAAGAUCAAGGAGAUCAGAGAGUCUACUGGAGCUCAGGUUCAGGUAGCUGGAGACUUGCUUCCGAACUCGACUGAGCGUGCAGUCACCAUCUCUGGGACCCAGGACGCCAUCAUUCAUUGCAUCAGGCAGAUCUGUGCCGUCAUUCUGGAGUCUCCACCCAAAGGUGCCACUAUUCCCUACCGUCCCAGUCUUGGACCUGGACCUGUUGUGUUCUCUGGUGGGCAGGCCUACACCGUUCAGGGGCAGUUUGCAGUCCCUCAUCCAGAUCUCUCCAAGCUUCACCAGCUGGCUGCACAGCAUGCUUCCUUCAACACAGUCAACCAGUCAUCCUCUUCAUUUACAGGAUUGGACAACAGUGGUCAGCCUACAUCUCAAGAACUGCUGGUUCCAAAUGAUUUAAUAGGCUGCAUCAUCGGAAGGCAGGGCAGUAAAAUUAAUGAAAUCCGGCAGAUGUCAGGUGCUCAAAUCAAGAUUGACAAUCAGGUUGACGGUUCAACCGAACGACUUGUUACAAUCACAGGGGGACCCCUGAACGUCAACUUGGCCCAGUACCUCAUAAACGCAUGUUUAGAGAUGGCUAAAACCACCUCCCAGAAUGCUUCCAUCACGACCCCAGUUGACCUCAACAUGACCUUCUCUCAACCUACCAACCCUGCCUCUUCCCCACUGGCAUCGAUGAGCUCCACCCUCCCAUCCUCUCUGCUGAAUGCCCCUUAUGCCAUUCCCAUCUCCAGCCUCCUUGGCAUGAAAAGCGUACCUUUCCUGGCACUGUCUGCGGCCACCUCGGGGCCUUCUGGGAGCCUAUCAGCUUAUACGGCCAAAAUCUCCUCAUCCAAUGGGGUUAAGAAGUCUGAGCGACAGAAGUUCUCUCCGUAUUGAAAGGAUGGCGCAGCUGCCCAGACCCUGUGUAGAACUAGUGAGGUAACGAGUGACGGGAAGGAGUCAUUGGGAGUUUCAUUCAGAUUUGUGAAUUUUGUUGUUUAGGAGGUCUGUUUUCGUACAAGCCCAUACCUGCAGAAUGACCCCCUCUAAGUGGCUGAAUAGCCUUUACCGGAUUCCCUCAGUAUUCAAAAAAAAAGAAAUCAACAUUCUAAGAGCUGGCAGGACUUGACAAAUUGAAUUUCCUUCGGUUAAUUGAGUUUGAGACUGUGUAGCCCAGAGGGCGAGUGCGUAGUUCAGUGUCUAACUGAACCAUGUGGUCUAUGAAGACUUCACGUGCAAUCUCAAGUAGGGUGCCAAUUGGCCUUAGUGUCCCUGGGCUGAAGGGUGGGAGGAUAGGGGGAAAUUCAGCCUUUGUUCCCACUCCUAAUUGGUGUCAGUGACCCCUGCUGGAAAGAGAGAGACCUGCGAGUAAUGGCAGGCUGAUCAAUCAUGAUGGGAGAGGGGAGGCCAUCAAAGAUAUGUCUGGCCCACACCCCCUCAAACCCACUUGGUCAAUUAGCCCACUGAUGCUUGUGGUCCAGGCUUCUGGUAUGUGUGUUAGGCACAGGAACAGGUUCUGUGGAACUCUAUCCCAGCAUGCGUCACUGCCUUUGAGAAAAAGGUGAAACGUGAAAAAUGAACAUUGAUUUUUUUUUUAAAUGUAAAGGUGAUUUGGAAACCGACAAGGAUUUGUUUUUAGUGGUGCCAGCUUGCUGUGAAUUCUGGGAAUCGGGGAAGCCAUGUGGUAGUCACUGGGCAUUAGGGGGCUUGGCACAUUCCGUAAUCUAACUACUUCCUUUGUGCUGUACUUCUCCAGAUUAAUCAAAUGUUUAAAGGAUUUUAGUUUAUACCUGAUAACUUCAGGGAAUAUUUCAAUAUCAAAUAAUUACAAUGAAAGAAAAGCU